AUGCAUCCUGCCACCUUAGUCUACACUUGCUCCUUCUUGCUGCUGGUAGGGGCUUUGCCUGGCUGGACAGCUGAAGUAGACCCCUUUGGGAAGGUCAUUGAGGGCAUCAACCAUGGGCUGAGCAGUGCUGAAAGGGAGGUGGGCAAGGCCCUGGACGGCAUCAACCAUGGGAUCACUCAAGCUGGCAGAGAAGUAGAGAAAGUUUUCAACGGCCUUAGCAGCAUUGGGAAAGAGGCUAGCAGGGAGGUAGACAAAGGCGUCCAAGGGAUCAACCACAGUCUGGACCAGCUGGCCCAUGGAGCUAACCAUGCUGCUGGGCAGGCAGGAAAGGAGACAGAAAAAGUGAUCCAAGGUGCCAACCAUGGGCUCAGCAACGCCGGGAAGGAAGUGGACAAGGGCAUCCACGAUGCGAAUCAUGCUGUCGGGCAGGCCGGGAAGGAGGUAGAGAAGUUUGGCCAAGGGGUCAACCAUGCUGCUGGGCAGGCCGGGAAGGAGGUGGACAAGUUUGACCAAGGGAUCAACUAUGCUGCUGGGCAGGCAGGGAAGGAGGUGGACAGAUUUGGUCAAGGGGUCAACCAUGCUGCUGGGCAGGCAGGGAAGGAGGUGGACAGAUUUGGCCAUGGGGUCAACCAUGCUGUUGGACAGGCCGGGAAAGAGGUGGACAGAUUUGGCCAAGGAGUCAACCAUGCUGUUGGGCAGGCUGGAAAGGAGGUGGAUAGAUUUGGUCAAGGGGUCAACCAUGCUGCUGGGCAGGCCGGGAAGGAGGUGGACAAGUUUGACCAAGGGAUCAACCAUGCUGCUGGGCAGGCAGGAAAGGAGGUGGACAAGUUUGACCAAGGGAUUAACUAUGCUGCUGGGCAGGCAGGGAAGGAGGUGGACAGAUUUGGUCAAGGGGUCAACCAUGCUGCUGGGCAGGCAGGGAAGGAGGUGGACAGAUUUGGCCAAGGGGUCAACCAUGCUGUUGGACAGGCUGGGAAAGAGGUGGACAGAUUUGGCCAAGGGGUCAACCAUGCUGUUGGGCAGGCUGGAAAGGAGGUAGAGAAAUUUGGUCAAGGAGUCAACCAUGCUGCUGGGCAGGCUGGGAAGGAGGCAGAGAAAUUUGGCCAAGGAGUCAACCAUGCUGCUGGGCAGGCUGGGAAGGAGGCAGAGAAAUUUGGCCAAGGAGUCAACCAUGCUGCUGGGCAGGCUGGGAAGGAGGCAGAGAAGGUUAACCAAGGGGUCAACCAUGCUUCUGGGCAGGUAGAGAAGGAGAUAGAGAAGGUAAAGCAAGGUGUCAACCAUGCUGCUGGGCAGGCUGGGAAGGAGGCAGAGAAGGUCAAGGAGGAUGUCCACCAUGGGUUCAACCAAGCCGGCAAGGAGGCCAACCAGCUGCUGAAUGGAGCUCAUCACGGAGGAGCUGGCGGCAGCGGGGUAGGAGUCACACCCUUGAACUCUGGGGCCUCGGUCAACAAGCUCUUCAUGGACUUGCCAGCUCUGUGGAAAAGCAUCGUCAGCAUGGGCCUGUGA